AUCAGUUGUGAGUCUGAUGUGGUCGAUGUGUUGAACAGAGGGAUGAUGGGAGCUGACCGCGACUCGCUUGAGACGAAUCCCCGAAGACACGACUGACCUCUGAACCCGAGCGACACAUUGAACAAGGUGUCAUGGACGCCGCGGAUCCGUCUCCUCUGCAGCAUUUCGUUGUGGCGAAGCGUUCGAUCACCUCUAUCUUUGAUCAGCUGCUGGACUUUGUGAAGGACGGUUCCGCCUUCGUGGACGAGGCGUGGCGGGGUGACGAGCUGGGUCAGGUGGCCGUCGAGGAGCAGAGUCUGGAGAUGCAGAGUUGUGCCACCAAACUGUCGACCAUCAGAGAAGUCCUGCUCAGGAGGCACAUGAAGGUGGCGUUCUUCGGCAGGACCAGUAACGGGAAGAGCACCGUGAUAAAUGCAAUGCUGAGAGACCGAGUGUUGCCCAGCGGCAUCGGUCACACCACCAACUGCUUCCUGAGAGUUGAAGGGACCGACGGAGACGAGGCUUACCUCACCACCGAGGCGACCAAUGAGAGGAGGAGCGUCACCACGGUGAACCAACUGGCUCAUGCUCUCCACAUGGAUCCGACUCUGGACUCUGGCAGUCUGGUUAAAGUCUUCUGGCCUAAAAGCCGCUGCGCUCUGCUGAGAGACGACCUGGUGCUGAUGGACAGCCCUGGCACUGAUGUCACUCUGGAGUUGGACAGCUGGAUCGAUAAGUUCUGUCUGGACGCUGACGUUUUUGUUCUGGUGGGAAACGCUGAGUCGACGCUUAUGAACACAGAGAAACUGUUCUUCCACAAAGUCAGUGAGAGAAUCUCCAAACCGAAUAUCUUCAUCCUUCACAACAGAUGGGACGCUUCAGUGAGCGAACCUGAAUACAUUGAGGAGGUGAGGAAGCAGCACACGGACCGCUGUGUGAGUUUCCUGGCUGAGGAGCUGAAGGUAGUCGGGAUGGACGAGGCUCCCGGGAGAAUCUUCUUCGUCUCGGCCAAAGAGGUUUUGAGCUCCAGGAUGCAGCGAGCGCAGGGCAUGCCCGAGACAGGUGGCGCUCUGGCUGAAGGUUUCCAUGAGAGACUGAGAGAGUUCCAGAUGUUUGAGAGGACGUUUGAGGAGUUCAUCUCUCAGUCUGCAGUGAAGACGAAGUUUGAACAGCACACAGUGAGAGCGUGGCAGAUAACCGAGGCCAUCAAAGGUCUGAUGGACGCCAUCAACAUCGCCUCCGCCGACAGGAAGAUCUGCUGCCUGGAGGAGCGUGAGGACCAGAGGGACCGGCUGGACUUUGUUCGGGGACAAAUUAACCGUCUGACCAACAACGUCAGAGAGACGAUCAAGACUCUGGCGGAUGAGGUCGCUGCCAAGGUGGCGGCGGCGCUGUCCGAUCAGAUCCAUUCUCUUCCUAUUCUGGUGGACGAGUUCAGAGCCGAUUUCAACCCGACAAAAGAAACUCUGGAGCUCUACAAAACUAAGCUGCUGCAGCACGUGGAUGAGAGGAUGGUCGGCUGUUUGGCGCAUCGCUGCUCUGUCAGCGUCCUCAGAGACGUCAGAGACGCACAGAGACAGAUGAUCGAUAGCGUCCGUCCUCUGCUGUCUCUGUCCGUCCAGGAGCAGCUCUCUGCUCCCUCCUCAUCCUUCGAGUUGACCUAUGACCUCGGCCUUGCCGCCCUCUGUGCAGAUUUCCGUGAAAACAUCAACUUCCAGUUUUCUCUGGGCUGGACCGCCCUCGUCACCCGCUUCAUCGGCGCCACCAAGGCCAAGCGAGCACUGAGCAGCUCCGACCCACGACUGCAGGAAAGAUCCAGCUUUAAGGAGGAGAUGGUGGUUUCCAUAGCGACAGGUCUGGUCUCCGUCACCUCCCGGGCGUCGAUGACCGUGCUGGUGGUCGGGGGAGUGGUACGUCCCGCAGGCAGUUUCAUUAUUGAUUCAUCUGUUUAUCGUUUCUGUUGA